AUGGCCUGGCUACCCUGGAGCUCCGGCUCCUCCUCCUCCUCCUCCUCCUCAGACGGCGUGAAGAAGACCUCGGGCGGCGCGUUCGAAUCGCCGUCGCGGACGAACCGCAAAAUCUGCUACGAGGCCCGCGACGCCUUCUUCGAGUGUCUGGACAAGAACAACAUCCUCGACAGCAUAAACACAAAGUCCGGCCGUGAAAAGGCCGAGACGUUCUGCUCGCAGUUCGACCGUGCGUUUGAGAAGAACUGCGCGCACAGCUGGGUCGAGUACUUCAAGAAACAGCGCGUCGUCAACUACCAGAAGGAGCAGACAAUCAAGCGUCUGGAGCAGCAGGGCGCCGACAUCACCGCGCCGCAGCUGCCAUUGCCGGGCCAGAAGUAG